GUGCGCUCAAAGGUUUUACACCACUCUCCAAGAAAUUCAAUCGUAUUUUUUGAAAAAUGAAUUCAAUUACGUUGUUAGUGUUUGUUAUGGGUGUUUUGUUUGCCAGUGUUUCGGCCAACGAAAUAUUGGUUAGACAAAUUCGAAUGUGCCAAAAACAAUUUCCAAAAAGUGAAUCUCGAACACUUCCGGAUUUUGACUUGAACGUUCUAACCAGAGAUGACAAAUGUUACUUACAAUGUAUUAUGUCUGCACAGAAAGUGAUUUUCAAUGGAACUUUCAAUGUCGAAGGAUUGGAGUUCACGGUGAAUAAUAAAAAAAUUGCCGAAAAAUUCCGAACACAAUGUGGAUCGAUUCGUCAUCACGAUAAGUGCGAAUAUGCAGCAAAACUACAAAAGUGCAUUGAAAUUGUUAUUAGAAAAACACCCACUUCUCAUUUCCCAUCAAGUUAAGUUAGGUCGUGCCUUACUUGCAAAUGCUCGAAAUUGUUACCAAAUAAAAAUGAAAUCGAUUCGAAAAAUUUAAA